CGCACACUACUGCGACACCUCAAGGUCGUGCCACGUGGAAGCCAUCGCCGUGGGACUUUGGUCACUGCGUGAAGCCACCGUCACCGGAGCCCUUCAUCUCAGCAGCUUCACCGGUCAACGGCGCUUCACCCAAGUCCCUCGCACGAGGCCACCGACACCAGCGCAUCUCCCGACGACGACCAUCCGGAACCUCCUCAGCGGCAGUGUCAACGGAUUCGUCGAGCGUCGUGCGCCGCACAAGGCGAUAUCCCCGAGACCGAAAUCUACAGUGCUACGCAACUCCCGUGCACGACAGUCCAGUGUACUCUUUCCCCGGACGGCAGUCCCCUCGGAGAGUAUAUCUGACGUCACACACGAGAGCCAACAGCACCUUUCGCUCAUCAUCCUUCUAACGAGACAUGGAAAAAGUAGGCGAAUUGAGAUCUCAGCUCAGGGCGUAUAGAAACGCCUCAGCUGACGAGCAAACUCGAGCAGACUGCUUCCGGGCAGACCGGGAGUUGGAACUUUUCGAGUCAUAUCUCCGAACAACACUCGACCGCCGGGAGACGCAUCUCCUCAUGGCCAGACAUCACAACUCCUCUAGCCACCCGGUGCUCUACGAUCCUCAAUUACCGCAACUUUUUGUAAACAACGAGCCAGCGCUCCGACUGUUUUUACGCGACAUCCGAUAUAGAGUUAACAAAACAGCUCUUCACAAAUGUCUAAUAGAUCAAGGUUGUACCGAUUUCGAAAUCGUUAGCGUUAAAACAAAAAAAUCCGGGUCGGUAGCGACAGUACUCUGCAACUCGUUCGCAUCAUCGGGCGCGAUGCAGGUUAAAUCUUGUAAAAAAGAACUCGUUUUCACUGAUCCCAACGGCAAACAGUCACACAUCAAGACUAAACCGGAUCAGUUUAUCACUCAAAACGCGCUGCUACCUGCACAAGCGAUCAAACGGAAAACUUCCAUCCUACCGGAUAACCUUACUCGCUUAUUCAACCAAAGCGACCCAGUGCUUACGCUGUGGAAUUACCUUAGCGCGGACGACAUUUUUAACUUGUAUAUAGCAUGUCAUGAAAAUUCGAUUUUUCAUCGCCUAGGUAUUCCUUUCGACUCAUCUAGCAUUAGAUAUUCUGGUCCGAAUGGCCUAAACCAAAUGCUAGAAGACGCAACGACAUUUACCUUUUGUAGCAUUAGUUUUUCGUCAAACGCAAACGUCUUUGAGACACCCUUUGUAAAUAAGUUUUUUAAAGCAUGCGCAAAUCGUUGUAAAAACUCUACGAGACGAGUAGGCAUGCACCUAGUCGAUCUCUCAGCGGUUGCGAUCACUCGCGAAACGAUCAAAAUCCUAGCAGAUCACUUCGCAGUCCACAAGCUUGUUCUCGGUAAAACACCCGGGGGCUCUGAAGAAAACUUAGAAUUAGAAAAACUAAGCACGUUAAGCCUGUACAACAAUCUACACUUAUCACUUAAAUUCCUAAUAAAAGACUGUUUCUCGUAUCUACGUACAUUAAGAAUGGUAGGGUGCAACGAAGUCCCCAUGGACAAACUUUUUAGUUUUGUAAUCUGCAACCAGCGACUCGAAGAGUUGGUAUUCACCGACAGUCAAAGCAGAAACCAACAUACCGUAGACUUAAGCGUAGCAGCGAUUUCGGGAAGUAACGUGUUGGAAAAGUUUCAAUUUAAUUACUCAGCUGCAAAAACCUUCCGAACUCACUUGAUCCCAGACUUAAUCUGGAACGAGUCGAAGUCUAUCAAAUCCAUCGAUUUAGAGAACAACACUUUCUUUCAAAAACAUGCCAACACCUUGCUUUCCAAACUGCCUAAUGUACAACAUGUAAAUAUUUUAGGAUUAGAUAUCGAUCAAGUCUUAGUUCUAAGUAGCUGUGAGCAAAUCUUGUCAAUCAAAAUUAACUACGGAGAAAACCUAGUUAGCACGUUGUAUAGCUUGAUUCCGACUAGAGUCAAGUCUAUAGAAAUAGUAAACUUGCUAGGUAAGAAAAAAACCAAAGCGAUGGACAUGUUCUGCAUUCGCGACUUGUUCCAUUCUCGAGAUCAGCUUUACAUUAAGCUCACCAAUUGCAAAAUAGCAAUUCCGAAUAAUCUCGUCAACUACUUUGCAGCGAACCACGUUCAAAUUACGCGAACAAGCAACACGUGCGAAAUCAGCAAAACACCAAAGGAAACUUAAGUACAACUACGAAUACAAGAAAAUACUUGUACGAUCAAACACUUGUGAUCUCAGUUCCUAUUUAUAGACUAUUAUUUUGUAAAGCGUUGAACCACACGCACCAGCGAAUAGCUCUAAGAAAAAUAUCCAUGUAAACAUCCUCCAGUAUCUGACGCUAGAUUUUUUUUUUUUUCUCCUUCGGGGGGAGUACUGUAGGUACCACACGGAUAGGUGGCGGCACGUACCGCUGCAGAGAGAGAGAGAGAGAGAGAGAGAGAGAGAGAGAGAGAGAGAGAGAGAGAGAGAGAGAGAGAGCAGCCAUGCUGCGAGCGAGCGAGCGCCGUCGCCGCCGCUCAGUUCUGCACUGACCACGCACACGGUCAGACGUCUGGAGAGACACUGCAAUAAAGCACUUAUUACACGUAGGCGAGGCAUCUUCUCUGUCCACUAUCCACCUCGUCCUACAGGUAUAUUAGCAAUACGAAUUUGAAUUGGCCAAAGCACAUUUACACUGUUUUUAUCCAGUGAUGCUCCAUCCGUAUGCCAAUCAAGCUGAAGAAUAUCAGGGAUCAUAUUUGCAGGAGACGCUAAAAGAAUUCUCUGGAUACCUUUUGCAACUCCUAAAUGCAAGUAUUCGCCACCUGCAAGUUGUAAAGGAACAUUAGCUACGGUUGGAGUUUUCAAAAUACUUCUUGGAUCCACAUGAAUAGAAGAAAAGCAAUGAUGAGAACUAAGGACUCGCAAAAUAGCUUUUGCUUGCACAUGAGUCAUAUUAGUCUCUGUAAACGCUGCUGCAAGCUUAUUUUCAAAAUUUUCCAAAUUAUCAUGAAACGAAUCAUCAGAUGCGACUGAAGAAAAAGUCGCUGAUUCCGAAUCGUCAUCAUGAACUUGAUCUACAGCAAUAGGAGGCUCAACUGGAUCUACGUUGCCAUCAUCUGACAUCUCACUCACUGAACGCUCAUCAUGAUUAUCAUUCAUAGAACACACAUUAUAAUUAUCACUCACACAACUAAGAAUAUCAUUCUCAUAGUUCAUUUCAACCAUAUCUUCAUGAAAGGAGUCCGAAGGAACUUCCAAAUUAUGAGAUACGCUACUGGAAGAAACAUCACUAAAAGCUCGAUCAACUAAUUCUUCACUAUGAGCUUUAUCAAUUAAACGAAGCCUACGUGCUCUAUAAGCAGAACUACAUUCUCCUAAUGGUUUGAGAGAGCGAAAAUUCUUCAUCUUAUACAUUAUAAGUUAUGAGUACAAAAUAACUUAACGUUGCAGAAAUUGCCUUAACACCAGAAGAAUUAGAAAACAGAAAUAGCUGGAUCACCAGGAAACUCCGCAGGAUUGAGAAUCGUCCAGGAAACGAAGCCAAAUGAGAUCUUGACAAAAUUAUCUGAAAAACACAAAGAAAAAUUAGUCUUAUAUCGAUCACAUUUAAAAAUUAUACUAAUAAAUACACCAUAAAACAAGUACAUAUGAUCUUUCUAUUCUGAUCAGAAAAGCCGGGUGGAGGUUCACAGUCGAACAUGGGAACCGAAUACAGUUUAAGAAAAACUGCCAAGGUAGUUAUUUUCAAA